AUGCUGCGAUUCGACUACGAAUUUGAUGAUGCAACUAGGUUUUCAGAAGGGGGAUUAAUUGUGUCGAGUGAGGUUGGCGAUGAUAGGUGCAUUGGGUUUGAUGAAUACAUGAGUGAUGAGGAGAUGACUCGUUCGUAUCCAUCCAGGAUCAAUGGUGGUAUGCUUCAACGUCGUGAACAAGAAGCACAGAAGCAUCUAAGUGCAGAGGAGAAAUGGUCAUGGGAGGGGUUUGAUCAAAUUCGAAAUAAUGUCGAUGACAUUGUGAUUGAAGGCAGCAGUCGCGAUUCAGCUCCUUCAGAAACCAGUAAGCCUCGCCGCAAGCGCAAAAAGACUACACGUGUUGAACAAGAGACUCUAUUGCCAGUAUCAACUGACGCUGAACCAACCCAAUCUUCGAGAAUUACCUCUUUGUUGAAUCAGGUGAAACAAAAUAGUUCCCGCAAGUAUAAUCAAACCCAAUCAUCCGCUGUUUUGGUGCGUCUGCCUCCGGUGAGACCACUCUCACCAGGACCAGCCUUAUCCCCAGCGCCAACCAUGAGUCCAAGUCCGCAAAUGACACCUCAUCUGAGUCCUGAUGCCCCCAUACGCUAUGUCUUGUCAGGUGCAACAAGUCCUCCUGAGAGCGACACUGAUUCCGCUCCGAUCGCCGAUCUCACCAUGGACCAGAAGCUAAGGAUACAGGAUUACAUUCGACAAUUGUUGCGGCCAUUAUACAAGCCUAGUGGCAAACAGAGAAGGCGGCCAUUAAUCGUUCUGCUGGAUCAUUACUGUGAUAUCAACAAGCGAAUUUCUCAUAUUGUGUAUGCUGAAGUCAAACAUCUACCUCUGUUUUCAGAGGUGUUCACAGACGAUCCUGAGAAAAUUCAACGUAUUGUGGAACGAGUUGUUCAAAAUGAGUUGAAGGAAUAG